CAAAACUGAUGUCAGAUCAGAAAUGAUGGUUUAGUUUUGAAGAUUUAUUGAUAUUAAAAUUUUGAGAUAAAGAGUAUUUUCCUCAGUGCAUUUUAACUUUUAAAUAUUACUUAAGAUGUUCACAAUGAUUUAUAUGUAGCAUAUGAGUUAUAAAAAUAGUUCCUAAGAUACAUGCGUCAUACUAACAGUAACAACAUGUCUUCGUCUGCCGACAACACUCCCUUUAAAAGUAUGGAUAUAAAAGCAGCAUUUUUGGCUGGUAGUGGAAGAAAAAGGAAAGCUUCAUCUUCACAAAGUGGCCAAAUUGAUUCCAAAAGCCCCAGACUCUCUAAUGAUGAAUCAGAUGUCAUACUUUUAGAAAGUGAUUCAACAGCAAAAAUUCAAGACACUCCUGCGGAAUGUUUUUCUUCAGACUGUAAAGAAAAUACAGAUUUGAAUGUGACCGAUGCAAAACAGAUUAUCAAUUCCAAAAUGAGUGAAGAUGAAUCUGAAAACAAUAUAUGUGAAUCAAGUUCUGAUGAAUUAAAUUCAUCCAUUCAGAACAGUUCUAUAAAUGCUUCAUUGAAUACAAGUGGAAUCUCAGUGACAGCUGACGAGUGCAAUGAAAAUCCAGAAAAAACAUCUAAUAAAAUUGAAAUAAAACUCGGUGAAACUAAUUCAAACAAUCAAAAAGUCAAAAAACGAAAGAAAAUGACUCCCGAAGAAGCCAAAAAGCGUGCUGAAGAAAGAGAAAAGCAAAAAGCAGAGAGGGAGUUGAAAAAGAAAGAACUAGAAGAAAAAAGGAGACAGAGAGAGUUGGAGAAAGAACAGAAACAAAGAGAACGUGAAGUACUUAAACAGAGAUUAGAAUUUGAAAGACAAGAGCGAGAAAGACUUAAACAAGAAAAAAAAGAACAGGAGGAAAAAGAAAAAUUGCAAAGAUUGAAAGAAAAAGAAGAAAAGACCAAAAAUCGGCAAAUGGUUCUAGAAAUGAGAAUGGAAGAAAAAAAGAGAAAGGAAGAGCAGAGGUUGAAAAGAGAAGAAGAGCUUAAAAAAGCUGAAGAAGAAAAAAGAAAAGCAAAGUUAGAAAAAGAACAAAAAGAAAAGGAGAAGAAAGAAAGAGCAAAAGCACAUUUUUUCAAGUUUUUUGUUAAAGAAGAUGUCCAGAGUGCACCGGUAGUUCCUCAGGUUACUGAAAAAGAAGGAGCUUUCCUACCAUUUCAAGUUUCUGAUGAUAUGAUUCUUGCACCAGUUGUUCCUUUAGCUGCCCAGCAACGUUUUGACAAGACAAAAUUGGAUGCUUUUUUACUGUCACAGAGUGCUAAAGAAUUAUACCUUCAGAUCUUGAAAUCUGGAAAAUAUAAAGAUGUUAGGUGCAGGAAGAAAGAAAGAAAAGCCAAAACCUGUGAUAGUGAUAUUAUUAUCGUUGAUAAUAAUGUUCAAGCUGAGCUCCAUCUUAAAGCCAAACUGCUACAAUUUUCUGAAAAUGUUCGACCACCUUAUUGGGGUACUUGGAGGAAGAGAAGCAAAUUUGCACGCCCAAGAAAUCCAUUUGGACAAGAUGAAAUUUUUGAUUAUGAUGUAGACAGUGAUGAUGAAUGGGAUGAGGGAGGACCUGGUGAAAGUUUAUCUGGAACUGAGAAUGAAGAUGAAAGUGAAGAUGACUAUGAAGUGGAUAAUGAGUUUUUUGUUCCUCAUGGUUAUCUAUCAGAAGAGGAAAAUGAAGAUGAUGAAGACGAGGAAACAAAUGACCCCGAAAAGAAAAAAGCACUGUUGAAAAUAAAGCUUCAAGAAUUUGAGAUGGAAAGGAAACAGAAAACUACCGAACUAAAGCCUGUCAUACUUGGUUGCUUCUUUGCUCAUGAUGAUUCUUUUCAAGACAGUGGUCUUUACAAGCUGUUGCAAGCAUACGAAGCUCAGUUCAUUCUUGAGGGCUCGAUUCCUACGUCAUUCACGAUUCAGAAAGUAAAACCAAAAUCUGAUACAUCACCUAGCACUUCAGAUAGUGCAAAUGCAGUCAAGAAAAAAAUUCAGUAUGUUCCUGAAAAAGCUAUGCCAGACUUGAUUCGUUUGGUGCACGGAAAUCCUAAAAAUCGUUCAUUUUUGGUACAAGAAUUCCAGAACUUUUGGGCAGAACAGAAUGGUGAUAGUAUAAAUGAACGAAUAACCACAAUUCCACCAACAACAGAAGCUGAAAAGGUUGGAGAAACACCAUCUGAAAACUGUGUCACAGAUCUAAAUCAGAUUUCAAAGCGACAGUUAAGUUUAACUAUUAAAAAGAUAUCUGCAUAUGGAAAAUGUCCAGAUGCAUCAUACAAGAAGUUUUGCUGGUGGGUUCACGAUGAUGUUAGAAAAAAAUAUGGUUUAACUGAUGUUCCAGUUCCAAAUCAAUGGAAUUAUUCUGUGAAGAAGGAUUCUGAGGACUUGAGUGCUGCAAAAUCGAAUUCUGUAUCUAUAAAAGGUUUUCUAGUAACAUAGGCUAUUAAAUUUCAUU